CGCGGUUGCACUCUUCGCAUCUCUCCUCCAGUGCCUUAACGGUUCCGUCUAUCGACAGGCCCAACCAAUCCGUCUGUCCAAGAUGUCAACUACAGCCUUUUACUCAACUCCACGACACAAGACUCGUGAAAUCGCUGCCCAGGACAAGCACACGGCGACGGUGAUCUUGAUGCAUGGUCGCGGUGAUCAACCGCUAGGCUUGCAAUCCGCGUGGGAGCACUAUGUCAUCAGAGACAACGAUGCUCUCAAGCACAUCAAAUUCGUCAUUCCCUCUGCCCCAGUGAUCAAGGAUCCAUUGUACUCUCAAGAGGUGGCGACCUGGUACGAUGCUGAUGACUCGAAGACGUUCGCCACUGGGCGUAGGCCCCCUGCCCUUAUAUACGACAUCGAAGAGCAGGCUGAGCGAAUAGAGUUCGCGAGUCUCAUGCGCUCUGUCCGCGAUGUGGACUUGCUCGUUGAGCAAGAGGCGGAGAUUCUUAGAGGCUCGCUGCAGGGACAGGAUGUCGCGCCUGAGAAGCGGAUCGUCCUUGCUGGUUUUUCACAGGGCGCUGUGAUGUCGAUUAUGACAGGACUGACUGGAUCGCCAACUCCAGAUAUCCUAGCGCGGAAAACGAAAGAAGGCAAAGUGAGGGAGGAGGACUUGGUAAGAGAAGGAAAGGCAAGGGAGGGCUGGGAGGUCGGUGGGAUAGCAGCUCUCAGCGGGUACGUUCCGCGUCUGCACGAGUUCCGCGCAAUGUAUUCCCAGAACGCUCGCAACACCCCUCUUUUCAUGGCACAUGUCAAGGUGGACAAUGUCGUGGCCUGUUCUGCCGGCGAGACUUCUGCCAAGCUCAUCCAAGAGCUGUCUGGCGGUGAAGCUGAUAUUAUCGACCACAGCAUAAAUGCAGACCACAAGGCAAAGAAGAGCCUUAUUGAGGUGCAUCAGUUUGGAGGAUCAGGGCAUGUAUACAACGAAGCCCAAUUUCUUCAGCUCAAGGAACAUCUGUCUGCAUGGCUCACGCGUGUCGUUCCUCCGCUCUAAGCGAUGCCAGUUCACUAUAUUACAUAGAGCAACUACUGCGUGAGUUAUGCUGAACCAAUAGCUUGACUUGGUUUGUAAAGGGCG